UGCGAAGUCGAAGAGCACCGUCUUUUCUCUUUUCUUUCUGUUUAAAAGAAGGGAAAGGCCUGUUUCUGUUCUUUCUUCUGUUCAGUCGUAAACAGAAUCUGACAAAACACACAUUGACAAUGUCCGCGCCUUCGACAACCACCGAGACCACAGAGGCAGCAGCAGCACCUGCUCCUCCCAAGGCCCUCGAAAUCCGACCUCUGCAGCCCACAGACUUCGGCCCGACCGUCGACCUCGUGAGCGAAGCCUACCUGCACCGCCGGAGUCUGGCAAACAUCUACAUCUUCCGGCACCCCUACUUCUUCGCCUCGAUCAUCCCGCUGCUCGCGUUCAUCUUUGGCCGGUACUCCAUCGUCACCGAUCUCGGAAACGUCAUGCUGCUCUCGAUCGGGCUUGUGAUGGCGGUCAUGUCGCUCUUUGCGCGCAUCACCGACCCGUUGAAAGAGAUGGCAAAGAGUAUCGUCAAGGGCGACUUUCUCUCCCUCUCAGACACCGCGCUCGUCGCAAACUACGGCGAACAAGUCAUCGGCGUCGUGUCGCUGAAGUACGUUAAUCUCGCGGACUACAACUCGGCAGUGCAAGAUGGCGGCAGCGGCAAGAUCCUCGAAGGUCCCGCUGGCGUCGCGCCCUCGGCCGAGUCUGACGUGUCUUCCAAGCGAAGCUCGACGACAACCAGCAAGAAAUCAAAAAAGGACAAAGACGCGCGCCACGCAAUCAUCACCUCCUGGACCGUCGUCAGACGCUACCGCCACGUCGGUCUCGGCUCCGACCUGAUCGGCCAGGCACUCGAGGUCGCGAAGAAAGACGGAAUUGAGAGUUUACUGAUCCAGUGCUUGUCGCUUGAGAAAGAGGCGGCAAAGUCGUUGCGCAGAAACGGAUUUGAGCUCGUUAGUAGCGCAAAGUUGCCGGGUGGGUUGGGAAGAUUGGGUAUUCGCACGGAUACUUAUGCUAUCGACGUCAAGGGGUGGGCGAAGGCGGCCGCUAAGAGUAAAUAAUGUACAUACGGAGUUCUGUUUCUCUCUUGUUUGAUUUGGUUCGGUCGAUGGAAGUCAAAAGCUGUACAUACUCAACUACAUAGUAAUCUAAUGUCUAAUACUUCCUCAAUAU